CGGGACGUUUAAACCGACGGAUGUGACGUAGGAAGAAUUCAAAGCUAACUCUUCGCGAUCGCGCAGAUUUGUGUGCUGCAAGAAAAUGUCUUUUAUUUUGGAUUGAUCGCAUUAGAACGUAUUCAAUCUGACGUCUAUAACUUGAUAUGAUCCUAUUUCAUCGAUUAACUCGCGUCUGAGCGGCGGAACUUAGCGAUCAGGCUAAGUUAACCAAUUCAGGCCAAUCAGCUAAGCCGCUAGCUGCUUAUGUUGCUACAGAGAAAUGUUUACGCUGAGAGACAAUGGCGAGACGGCUGGGAAAAUUACGACUGAGCCCCAACGAAGAGGCCCAGUGGAUUCAAGAAGAAAAGGGAAGAAGGAGAAAAUUGCGAAUACAACAGGUUCGUGAGCAGCACAAGAACUUUGCGUUCCAGACACGGCAGAAUGUUGAGCGGAGACGUCAACGUGAGCUGGAGCUGCUGGGACAGGAACUGCGGGAGCAAUGGGAGCAGCAGCAAAACGAGAAACUGCGCACGCUGCAGUUGCUUUACGAACAGACCCUCCAGAUGGUCGGCCAAGGACAGAGGAUGGCCAAAGAAAAUGAGCCUGAUUUGCUGGCCAUAACUCGGAGAGAAGCGCUGAAUCACGCCAAAGCGGAAGAGCGCUUUCGAGAAGCCCUGAAAGAGCUCAAGUCGCAGAAGCUUAAAGAUAGCGAGAUGCAAAGCCGAACAAUCAAUGCUCGGAAAAAGGCUCUGCAGGUAGAAAAGGAGAGAUCGACAAAAGUGGCCAACCUCCCGCCGCCUCCCCCAAAUCCAAUUUUACAGGCCAUUGAAGCCGGAAAAUCGCACAUGGGAAAGAAAUCUGAUGUCAAUGCCUUUGCCGGCACCCGUCACCACAUGCUCCCCGGGGUCACGGUGGACCGGGCGGCAGACACGCAGCAGGUGGAUGCCCAUGAGGUAGCCGAGCUGGCCAUGAAGAGGCAUCUGGACCUACAGAGGGAGGAAGAGAGGAAGAGAGCUGAACGAAAGGAGACGGCUCGUGUUCGAGGGAAAUCGGCUCUGAGGAAAGAGCAACUGGCGCUGGAUCACGAACGGCUCCUCGUGGAACUGGAGCACAUGCAGCACGCUGACAUGCUGAGGAGGCGGCAGCAGGCCCUUCAGAUAGCGCCGCAGAUCUUCCAGCCGCCUCACAGGAAGCAGGAGAUGAAGGAUGACUUCCAAAGAGACAUGGAGGUUGCCUUUGAGGACAUGUACACCAGAGAAAGAAGAAUCCAAAGUGACCCGAUAAGUCAGCUCGUCCCAGAACCUCGUCCUGCCAUCGGCGCCGACGCCCGAGACCCGGAGCUGGAUGUCACGCUAGACGAGGGCGUCACAUCUGAACGAGAAAGGUCCGCAGAGGACGCUGGAUUGCAGGAAAAUGCCCACGUGGAGAACAUGCGAGCACCUCCCAGGAAGCCCUUGACCAAUCUCCUCAAUCGCAUCAGGAAGCAAAGAAGCGAGUCGUCAAGCUGUGACGGCGGAAUCCCCGUCGCCAGUCGGGGCUCGGAGCGGGACAACAAAGUGAUCCCGGAGCGGGAUGCCGUCUUUCAGCCCGAGGGAGUUUCCGAAAGGGUCGAGGCGGCAGAUAGAAAAGUUUCGGAGGAAGACGUGACCAUCGAAACUGGCUCGCUCAGCAGCCAGCCCGCCCAGGCGCCAUCGUCUCCUCAAGCAACAAUUCAUCCAAUCCCAUCAGACAGUCAAGACGGAGAUUCCCUCGCCUCCAAAAUCCUGGAAUUUGAAACCGAGCGAAAGAAAAGGGAGAUGGAGCUUGAGAGGGAGAAACAGCAGCAGAUGGCCUUUCUACAGGAGCUGGAAGAGCAGAAAGCCCGACUGGAGCGAUUGUUGCUUGAGUCUCAACAACAAGAAACCCCUCAAGCGGGGGUCCACGAUCAAGAAGUUUACCCUCAUCCAGAGACUCCUGAACACACCAGACGAAUCAGAGAAUGUCAAGAGCGCCUCCUAGAGCAAAACAGAAUCCAUCAGCAAUCUAUGGACCUGGCUCGACGCCGCCUGGAAGACUACCAGCGCUCUCUUCAGAACCGUCACAACGGGACCACUCCGCCCCCUCCUCCUCCGCUGCACGAGCCUCAAAUCUCCACCGACUUAUCCUCCCGAGCAUCGGCUGGUCCAUCCAUGCCGCCGGCUCUUCCCUCCUCCAGCCUCCAAUCCGCAGAAUCAUUUGAAAGUUCAAACCUUCCGAGGCACCAGCUACAGGACAUCUCUGAUCCCGACCCUCUGACGAGAAAAGUUGUUCCGAGAGUCCCGUCGACCACCACCGAGUCAAUUCCUCCCAAAGCCGUCAUCCGAAAACUACUUCCUUCUAAAAUGGUCACUAGAGAGUUACUAUCGCCUCAAGUGGUCACCAGAGAGCCCGUUCCUCCUAACGCCAUCACCACACAGCCAAUUCCUCCCCAAAUUAGUGCCGCAGAGUCGCUUCCUCCUCAAGUAGUCACCAGACAGUUGCUCCCUUUUAAAAUACUCACCAAAGAGUCGCUUCAACUUAAACCAGUCACCAGAGAGCCGCUUCCUCAAGCGGUCACCGCCGAGGCAUCUCAUCCUCAAGUGGUCACCAAAGAGACUCUUCCUCCUCAACCACUCCUUCUUAAGAAGGUCACCCGAGAGUCAUUCCAUCCCACACCGGUCAUAAGAGAAGUUCUUUCUCCUCAAGCGCUCACCAGAGAGGCCUUCACUCGUCAACCCACCGAGUUUCUCCCUUCCACCAGCUUUCCAAUCCAGCCCAUCCAAACGAUCACACAGAGUCACCUUCCACAGUUUGGAUCACCUGCAGAACAAGACCAGCAGAGGCCUCAGGAGUUCCGCAAUCGGCAGCAGGAGGGGAAAGAAGAACUGCGGCAAAAACAGCCGGAGAGUCUGGAGCUCCUCAGGCAGCAAAAAGACACAUUACGGGCUCUGAUUAACGUUGACGCUCAACCGCAAAGCGAGGUCGCCACACCAGAGGACGCCGCUCAAAUCCGAUUGGGACUACUUUCCUCCCUGCUCAAAGUCAUCGAAAAAUCCAACGGGGGGAGUUUGACCCGCCCGGGGCAUCUGCAGACAGAAGACGACCCAAGUCUUCAUCUCCCAUCCACCAGCGAGACGGCCUCACUUCAUGCUCCCGCCCGAGCAGCAAAACCCCCAGUGACCCGAGUCCGGCUCGGCACGAUGAGUGAGCAGCACGAGCUCAGCGCCAUUCAGGAAGUAGAGACGCCAGUGGAGACCAGCCUGGUGACAGGUCCGGGCGAUGUUUUUCCGCCGCCCCAACACACAAUGGACUGGUCUCUGCGGGAGUCAUAUGAGUCCCCUGUGACCACAGAAGCAACUCUACAGACGUCAUCCAUGUCCAGUUCAAGGAGGUCCACCUCCUCGCUUUAUGGAGAAAAGGAAGUGACGGAGUCCGGAACAUCAGCAGACACUUCUGAGCACGGUUCAUAUCGCCACUUCUCAUUGGACUCCGAGAGGGAAUCCGACUCCUUCGGCCCGGCGGUCCCGAUCAGCAGCUCCUUCUCGGAAGCUAGCGGGUCACCUGGAGAGUCUGCACGUGGACGUUCUGAUCGGGAAGGCUUGUCCAUCACACCCUUGUCCACCGGCAGCUACUUCACCAGUGACCCAGACACCAACGCAGGUAAAUCUCCAACCCUUGACGCCACGGAGACUUCUCACCGUCCCGCUGCAGGCCAGGCCCAAGCGGCUCUCCACGCCUCUCCGAUGAGCGACGUCCGAGAGCUCAGCGUCUCUUUAAGUACAGGCCGAGAAGACGAUGACGACGAAGCAUCUGGUGCGACUUCUCCUUCUCCAGCCGCCCACACAAGUGUCGUGAACCGUGACCAGGCGGUCCAACCGAUCUUGGGGCAAUCCUCGGUCUACGAGGAUCAGGACUCGUUCAGACCUCUUAUUGGUCAGCCAGGGGAUCAGUCCUCCUACCUCAUUGCAGAACAAAGAGACAGCACCAUGGAGCGGCUGCUGGGUCCGCCGUCAGCUCACUCGUCGGUAAUCGGCCAGCCGCCCGGCCUGCCACUUUCUGCCAGAUUGGACUUGACUCUGAGUCGCAUCAUGGAACAAAUCUCUCGAGAGUCGAGCCAGCGCGGGUGGAGAGGCCAGCAUGAACCCAGUGUGGCUCAGUUGCCGUCGCACACAGAACGGUCCUGGCUGGACGAGCGUCCGGAGAGCUCGAUGAGACCGCUUGUCGCCGAGUUGGACUUGUCUUCUGGCCAGGACAGUGGAAGCUCAGGUGAAAGAACUGGCUUGGAUCUCAGCUCCUUGACAGAGGCCACCAUUCCCUCGCAUCCAUCCUUACCUUCCGAAGCCUCACACGGGGCUUCCGUCCCGCCCGGCGCAGACUCCUUUCACCCCCUCCCGUCCGAGGUCACCAACAACGAGACAGCCCCCACCGCGUUUCCUGACUCUUCCGAGGGACGCCUCUCGAGCGGCGAGCUCAGCGUGUCAACGCAUUCCGACUCGGCGUCUCAAGGCGCCGCCUCUGAGAGCGAGCGCUCCACCGACCGCUUCAGGACGGAGGAAGGCUCCCGCCGGACGUCCGCUUGGCAUCGCGUCAACUCUCCUCAGAUGGUGUGGCUCUCACAAUCUGAUGCUAGCAACAAUUCGUCUACACUCAGCAUCUUGCCUGAGGAGGAGGUUGAAGAAGAGCAGCGGGCAGUAGAAGUUCCCAUUCCUGACAUCCCUGCAGAAGAGUGCACUUUGAACUCGAGGCUGGACCUCAACGCUAGGCUACGGGAGGCCGGCAGUAUGAAUGGCAUCCUGGAGCAGUCCCAAAUAACACUGGUGAGCUUGACAGACACCACAUUGCAGGACAGCAUAGCGCUCGAGGAAGAACCGUGGGAGGAGGAAGAACAAAAAGGCAAUGAGGAGUCCCAACCAACCUUAAUGGAGAAACCUCCAGGAGCUUUAAAAGCAGAUCAGAGCCCCACACAUGCAGGAAUGCUCCUCGAGUUCAAUUGGGGGUCCCAGCAGCAGGGAGUCUUUGAGAAGAAGCGCCAAGCUCUUCUAGAGAGGUCAGCCCGCCGGGCGGAACAAGUUAAGGCCAAAGGGGCGCUGGUCAGGAAUGGAAAAGCAGCGGAGGUCGGCGCGCAGUCUGAGGAAAGGCCUCAUGAAAUACAAAUUAACGAUAAAGUUAAAAUAAUUGCAACCUUACUGCAGACUCGGUCGGCCCACCCAGUGGACCAAAUCAAAGCUAAAAGGGUGCCGGGCAAGAGUGGCCCGGCGGCGGAGGGCAGCACGCAGUCCAAGGAAUGUUCUCUGCAGAAAGCUGACAAGGUCAAAACAGCAAAGUCCACUUUGGUCAAGCAACAAAAGCCCCUGACUCCUCCAGCAGUGAGCACGUCAACAAAGUUGAACGAGCAGAGCCAAGUGAAGAAAUUUGCCGAGAUGCACAGACAAACUCGGAGACUGUACGAGCAGCUUGAGGAGGUCAAAGAGCGGAAGGCGGUCCAAAGCCGUCAGGAGGCUUCAGCCAGCAACAGACAGAAAGCCAGAGCCUUCCACAUGAAAACACUCCAGAAGCUUCGUGCCAAGCAGACUCAACAAUGAGCGACUCCGAAUGUUCUUUCCUACCUGUGUAAAUGGUGUUAUAGUUUCGUUUAUCAAUAAAGUUUUUAACUUAUUCAAA